AUGGCGCUUUCAGCAGCAACUUCACAACAAAAAAUGACUCGUACAGAUUGGAAAAAAGAGAAAGAAUUAGAAGAGGCAAGGAAAGCAGGAACUGCCCCAGCUUUACAGGAUGAAACAGGAAAGUACGUGGACAGAUAUUGAGUCUUCAAGUGUUUUUUUAGACUUUUUAUCUAUAUUUAUUUUAAAGUGUGAAUGCUUUUACUUUAGAUUUUCAUUUUAGUUUUAUAUACAUUACAUAUAGUCAUAGAUAUUGCACCAGGGUAGUUGGCCAAUACUUAAUACUGAAAGUACAAAUAGUCAUUUUAAUGCAUUAUGCAUCAGUCAGUCGUUUGCCCCAGAGAGGGGAGAGGGGUAUCAGGCAUACCCAUGGGAAUUGACAUUUUAUCAAGACAUUUUAGUCCAUUUCCCCUAUGAGUGUACUCACUUCACUGGAUAUGCUGAAUUCCUGAAAAAUAUCCUGCCAGAUUAUCAGGCUGGAUAUUGAUUAAAAUCAUUAAAUAUUAAGGUUCAAGCCUGACCAUUCACACAUAUUUAUUUUCAUUGGUUAUAAAGUAUCCAAAACAAUCAUUGAUUUUAUUGUUUGCUUUCUGUAGAGACAUCAAUCCACAUAUUCCUCAAUAUAUUUCAGAUGCACCCUGGUACUAUGGAGCU